UCGAAGGUGUUCCACCGUGAGAUGGUAACGCCUUGGGACGAGGAUUCAAGUCAUGGAUAUUGUAGUUUCUCCCAGCCUACAUCCCACUUUAAAUCGGUCUCGUGUCUGCCCUUGAGAACUACAGAAUUUUGUGCGGCGUUUGCGCUCGAGGUUUGUACUCGGGCGGUUGGCGUACAGCGGCUGGUGGUACUGUGCGUGUAACAGCUGACCGUACAGCGGUGGACAUACCGCUCGUCUCUGUUUAUCAGCGUCUAAAACACAGACAGCUGUAACUAUGCAAUCGGAAUCGGGAAUAGUUCCCGACUUCGAAGUCGGAGAGGAGUUUCAGGAGGAACCAAAAACGUAUUACGAAUUGAAGAGUCAGCCCUUGAAAAACAGCCCAUCCGACCAGCAUGGCUCCUCCAAGCCUCCGCUGGGCUCCUCCGCUGUGACGUCCCGGAUCCUGCUCCGCCAGCAGCUGAUGCGGGAGCAGCUUCAGGAACAGGAGCGGCGCGAGCACCAGAGGCAGCAGCAGAGGCAGCAGCAGCACCAGCAGCACCAACAGCUCCACCAGCACCAACAGCUCCACCAGCAGCGCCAGCAGCAGCACCAACAGCAGGCCCUGCGGUACCCGCAGCCCGGCCCGGCCGCCACCAGCGCCCAGACGCCCGCCAUCGACGUCAGCACCCCGGCCAGCCUGCCCCCCGCCGCCCCGCUCCCCAUGGAGGUGCUCAAGGUCCAGACGCACCUGGAGAACCCCACCAAGUACCACGUCCAGCAGUCCCGGCAGCAGCAGGUGAAGCGCUACCUGGGCAAGCUGGGCCCCCAGGUGGUGAGCCUGCCCCUCCACCACCAGCCGUCGGACUGCGCUGGCAUGCCUCCCGGGCCGGGGAACAGCGCCCCCAACAGCCCCAUGGCCCUCCUCACGCUCAACUCCAAUUGUGAAAAAGAGAUGGACGACGUUAUCGACGACAUAAUCAGCCUGGAGUCCUGCUACAACGAGGACAACCUGGGCCUGAUGGACCCGGCCCUCCAAAUGACCAACACGAUCCCUCUGCCUGGCAACCUGAUGGACAUGUACGCUAAUCAAGGGAUGCCUCCGCAAGGGCUGGACAUCAGCAACUCCUGCUCCGGUAGCCUACCCAGCAUCAAAAGGGAAUUCUCUGUGUCCCAGUCUCCGAGCAUGAUGCACAUGCUGGAGCGGUCUGGCUCCUUUGACGACUUCCAACUGCCUGAUGGCUUCCCCGUCGAAUCUGAAAGGGUGAUGGCGAAGGAGAGGCAAAAGAAGGACAACCAUAAUCUGAUUGAAAGGCGCCGGCGUUUCAACAUCAACGACCGCAUCAAGGAACUGGGAACGUUAAUCCCAAAGUCAAACGACCCAGACAUGCGGUGGAACAAGGGCACCAUCCUGAAGGCGUCCGUGGACUACAUCCACAAGCUGCAGCGGGAGCAGCAGCGGGCCAAGGAGCUGGAGAACCGGCAGAAGAAGCUGGAGCACACCAACCGCCAUCUCAUGUUGAGGAUACAGGAGCUGGAGAUGCAGGCGCGUGCCCACGGCCUGCCCGUGUCGUCCUCCCCGCUCUGCACGGCGGAGCUCACCUCGCACUGCGUCAAGAGGGAGCCCGCCAUGGCCGACUGCCACCAGGACCUCUUCACACUGACCGCCCAGCAGCACCACCAGGACCCCGCCCAACAGCUGCACCAGGACCCCGCCCAGCACGUCCACCUGGAGCUCCACGACGGCUACCACGAGGAGGGCCCCCACGGGCCCAUGACGGCCACCCUCCCCAACCACUACCAGACGGCCAAGGGCGGCUCCAGACACGGGGACGACCGCAUGGACGACACCCCGUCACCGGCCAGCGGGGGGGACCCGCGGCUCUCCUCACUCUCCCCGGACGCCUCCAAAGACAGCAGCCGCCGGAGCAGCAUCAGCAUGGACGAGAACACCCAGGGCUGUUAGCAGACCCUGCUCAUGGAGGGGCGUGCGGCACCCUGCAGCCGCAGCAGAGUGCAGUGCGUCGAGGCGAGCACGUUCUCACUCGCCGAAGAAGACUCUUGUUUCUCGUCGUUUUGGUGGUUCUCUGUUGGUUUGUCACCAACCUCUUCCUCCUCCCCGAUGUUUACAUGUAUUUAAUAUUUUUCACUUGUGCUUUUUUGUAUCUUUUUUUUUGUGCUCUGAGACUUAAUUUCAUGGACUGAUUUUAAUUAUUAUUUUUUGUAUUUAAUCAAUAUUCUGAUGACAAUGAGUUGAAAGUUGAUUUUUUUUAUAUUUAAAAAAUAUGCAUAUUAAUGGGUAGAGGUUUGAUUCCAUGUAUUUGUUGUGAUUUCAAAGAAUGUAGAAAAGUUAGAAAUCAUGGUCGGAUAUAUUUUACCGUGGGAAACACUUUAAAUCAAUAGCAAUAAUAUAUUAACAUAACUAUUUAUCAACUACUGUAGUGCUUUACACUCCUUGUGUCUUAAUUGUAUAUUUAUAUCGCGGACGAGCCACUGCCUUAUACAUUGCAGUGUAGCUGAUUUGCGCAUUAUUUGCUAUUACAAUGAAUCCUUUUCCGUCUUCCAAGUUAAACAUGAAUAUCUAUCACUACUAGUCACUUAUUCCAGUAUUCAUGUCAUGUACAACGUCCCGGUAGCAUUCAUACACUCUAAAUGUUUAUCUUAUACUCAAUGUAUAAGAUACUCACAUUCUCAAAUGAAGAGAUAAAAGUGGGAAGUUAACUAUCAUAAACCAAUAUGUGAAAAAAUAAAGCUGCCAUAAGAACUGAACUUAAAUCAAUUUCAAGCCUUUUUCAAGAAAUAUAAAAAAGAUGAUUUAUGUGAUCAAAAGGAUAACAACAUUUCACAGACCAUCAAAAAAAAACAUUUUACCAGUGACUAAUUCCAUUAGAUGGUAAUAAUACCAUUCAAAAUCUAAUUUCAAACCAAUGCACACAAAACAAACACUAUCAAGAGAUUCCUCUAGGGUCACCACUGGGGGAAUCUCACUUAAGGGCCUCGUUGUUUCAGGCCCCGGGUCGUCACUAACAAGCGGUUAAAGUGUUUGACGUUGUUUCCUUAAUGAGAAAAUCAGGUGAUUGCCACUAUCAGCGCAGGCUCCUUGAUUGUUAACUCUUUCUUCAGGCCGGUACAAAGGAGCACAUGUGUCUGCCCAACGUCUCAGAGAACCCAGUGCGGCUCACACUGAAACCCAUGAUCCGUGUGAUGUCGAGUGCCUCCUCCAGCCUCUCCAGGCUGUCUGCCUCAUGCCUGUCAUCAAAAUACCAACCGGGGGGGACGUUUCCACACGUUCAUGGGCCGCAGAAGACACAGAGAGCCUGUUGUGAACGUGCUUAGGGCUGGGAACGCUGGAUACAAUUAGCAGCUUGUUUUUCUUUGGUACGUUUUUUAAGGAGCGCAAAUAUUUAUUUGAACCGCAUAUGUUGUAUAAGAUGGACCCCUUGAAGAAUGAAUACACGCAUAUAAGUAUACUAUUUAAAUAAACUUAGUUUUCCAAACUUCUGAGAGGUGUAAAUUAAGAAACAAAAAGUAAUUUAGAUCGAUCGUACAAAUGUAUUGUGAUUAUGCAAUCAGAAUGAAAGGAUUUAGUGUGUUGUGUUGACUCUAUUUUUGGGAGGCCGACUGGCCUACUGUGCUUUUUUACUUUAUUUGAUCAGAAUACGAAGUGUAACAUACCCUAGCCUCGUUCUUUUCCCAACACUGUUAACAAACACUCCAUCGAUCUCUUUAUGUGGGGAAAUCUUAUUUUACUUUCAUGGCACCCUUCUAGUCCCUAAAUUAUAUUUUGCUAAAUCUUUUGGUAUUAUCUGACGGUCAAUCUAUUAUGCAUUUAAUGGUCAAAGGAUGUUGUGUGCUGACUGUGGACAUUUAUGUUGCCAAGGACUAUAAGGAGACUGAUGUAGGAUGCUGUAUUAAAUACAUGACAUGCACAGAACACUGGAAUGACAUCAGAGUUAAGUUAAGUGGUUUGCCAGCCCUUACCUCUAAACUAACUAAUAUACGUGGGUUUCAAAAUGAACAUAUUAAGUAUGACUGAUACCAUUUUGAAAGAUGUAAUCUAGUGUGCAGUUGUAACUAUUUGACUUCCUCGCUUUCUUAAUGCAGCCAUGUUGAGAGCCCUGUUACAACAAAACCUCAUGUUUUCACUUUUAUUUUUCUAUUUCGUUCCGGAACUAUGCAAUGGUUACAGCCGUGCUUGCAGAGCGGCAUCACGUCUGUCGUUGCACCUUUGACAAUUUCAGGUCCGCAUUUCCUUUGAUUUGUGUCGCGGAUUAGUCUGAGACACCCGAGAGAAGUUAUUUUCUCCUCGUCAUUAAAGUGCCUUACAAUAGAGAUUUCUUUCUCAUGGCGGUGUUGUAGCAGACGCAGACACUGAGCACAAUGCGGGGCUGAUGACUGUCCUGAUAAACAGUGUUUCACGGGGUAUGUGAGGUCCGUAAGGGAAGGUGUAGGAGAGGGGAUUCAUUAUCCAGUAAACACAUAACUAUAUGCUUCUACACUAUAGGCAUUGAUAGCUCCUCACUCCCCUUCUGAUUCACCCUGGCCCUGGGCACUAACUCGUGAGAUAUUCCAAUCGUAUCCUCGCAGUUAAAAGAAAGAUAAAAAGGCAAUAAUGGUUUUAUUGUAAGUUACACUUUUGUUUUACUUCCUUUUUUUAUCUUGACAAUGUUUUGCCUGAAUGUACUUUAUAGUGUUGGUUGCCAAAGUAAGCCACGGAUAUUAAAACAAUCGGAAUUAUGCAAAAUAUAGAAAGAAAUAUGUUCAAGAAAGGAAAAUUGAGAUUUAAUGAAUGGUAUCGUCCUAGCAAUAAUGUAUCAAUGAUUGCAAUCCGUCAGCGGCAGAACUGCAUUGAUUCAGAAUGUUCCACAUCUGCAGACAACAGAGUCAAAGCCAUAGUGAAGCAAUAAACGCAGGCCCGUGCCGUUGCACAUGGUCUUAAGCUACAUUUCUGUAUUUUUUCUUUUAAAUCAUUCAGCACUUGUGUCAUCAUCGCCAAAAGCAUUGGUUGUUCAAGCUAUCAUAUCGCGUGAAAUUGUUGAAACUGUUAAACACAUUCUAUAAUGGUGCAUUCUGGGUAGACCUAUUUACCACUACAAGAAAACUACACUGCUGGUUCAAAUUGUAACCUUUAUUAAACGUGUUCUGGUUCCUCUGGGUCGUAUUAUAGACUCUGUCGCUAAUGUUCCUAGAAUGUGUGUUAGUGUGAGAGACGUGCGCGGCGAUGUUCACAUACUGGUUGAAGGAUGGUGAGUCUCUGAACGUCGACUCACUGGUACUCUAUGUGAAAAUGUUGUGGAAAAAUAUUAAAACGUUUUAUUUGAAUGUUCACAGCCCAUUGGUCGUUGUUGUUUGUUCACCAGCUUUUGUU